AUGACGGACAUCCGCCUGUCGCUUCUGCGCAACAAACACCGCGCAAGCGACUACGCUCCCCUCGCAGACAAUCCAGACUCUCGCCCUCGAGCAGGCUCGAACUCUCGCUCACACUCCAACUCUACGUCCCGGGCCUCACGCAUGUUGGGCAACAUGAAACGGCGCUACUCGCGCGACGACGAGCACGACGAGGGCGCGCGCUUACUGGCCGACGAAGAAGCAACAGAAGAGCGCAUCGAGAUCGGGCCCAUAUCGCGCUCCCCCUCCUCCUCCUCCUCCAAGAAAUCCAAAGGCGCACGCACAUUCGCCCCCGGCACACCAACGCCCUGCGCGCCCAACGUAGUCCGCAACCAACAAUACACGACUCGAACUGCUCGUACAGGACCACCGGCAGGAAUGUUGAAGUUCUUCUUGAACCUCUAUUUCCUAUUGGUCGCGCUCUCCCAAUUCGUGCCCGCGCUCAAGUUCGGGUUUAUUGCCACCUAUGUCGCGCCGCAUGUGGUGGGGGCGGUCAUGACGCCAACGACGAGCACGAGACGUUAUUCGACGCCGAGCCGGGACUGGACUACGAGCACCCGAUACGCAUCGUAUCCCCCUCAGCUGUACGACUGGGCGAUCUGCUCGUGCUGGAGAAGAAUGCGGGCGUUCCGGCCGACAUGCCCCUCUUCCGUACCCGCGACUUGA